CUGGCUACGGAAUUUCGCCCACACAAUUUCGCAACGUCAAACAAAAAUCGACAACUUCAACCCGAUUCCUUUCCAUUCCCAACACUAACCACCGAAGUCAUUCGUCAAUCCGCCAAGAUGCCUCAGGAAAUUGCAGAUAUCAAGAAGUUCAUCGAGAUCUGCCGGCGGGAGGACGCCAAGUCCGCCAGGAUCAAGAAGAACAAGAAGUCCUCGCAGACCAAGUUCAAGGUCCGAUGCUCUAAGCACCUCUACACCCUCAUUCUGAAGGACUCCGACAAGGCCGAGAAGCUCAAGCAAAGCUUACCCCCGAACCUACAAAUCAAGGAGGUUCCCAAGAAGAACAAGAAGGGAAAGCAUGUGGCAUAAAUUUCCUAAUUCAUUCUUUCGGGGAAAGGAAAACUACCUAGAUACCAAUCGCAACUGGGAAAACCGUCGGGAUGAUGGAUGGAUUGGCAUCUUUGAACACUCUCAUCGAGAACUGAUAGGAUGAUGCAUAUGCGCUGGGGCAGGUUUGGCAUGUUCAUGAGGCGGCGUCUAAGGAUACCUUCCGAAUUGAUAAUUCUCAAGCACGAGAAAAGCUUGUAGACAAUUCACAAACAAUUGCACAAAAACAUUUCACGAACAA